AUGAACAGAGUACCAAAAAAAGUUGCCCAAGGAAGAGUAUCAGUACCUACUCCGAGAAUUCCGGGCCAACUCAACUUCAGACUUGUUGACAUUGGCAAGUCUUGCUCACUUUGUGAGAAGACCUUUAAAGAUCACUGUAAUCUUAAAAGACAUUUGCAAAGAUGCCAUGACAUAAUGGAAACGGUUGCAAAUAAUAUGAGCAUAGUCCAGGAGACCGAAUAUCAAGAUAUACAGAUGAGCGACAGCCCAAAAAAUCCGCUUACACCAAGUGAAAGUGUGGAAGAGGAAUCAGACGUUGAUAAUGAAUACUACAACAGUAUCUUAACUUAUGACGAGUGUGAAGAAAGUGAUGAUGGAAGUAGAGUUGACAAUAGUGAUUUUGAUAUUGAGGAAAACACAGAGCCAAAUGCAGGCAUUCCUCUGUUUAAUCACAUCUUGAACAACAUAUCUGCUUUCGCCAAUAACAACGAAUCUUCAAUUGAUGAAGAGGAUAAAUUCCAGAGUGAAGUGUUUAACUCUACCGCCUGGAACAGAUUUACAUCAAACACUCAUCCAUUUAAAGAUAUCCAAACAAUGAUUUUGCUCGCACUUGUUGAUGGUGAUAAUGACAUGAUUUCUCGUAUAAUGUUAAAGAAGAUAUUAUUUACCAUCAAUCUUCUUCUAAAGAUCCACGAAGAAGCUAUUAGAAAAGAUAUUUCUUUCAAGUUGUCCUGGUUAGAUGCACUCUGGAAUUACCAGACACGAAAAGGAAUAAAUAUCCCAAUUUUCAAAUCUAAACAUUUAGAUGUUACUCUCCCUGACAGCACAAAAGUCACCGCAUUCCUUAACUUGCCUUCUGAGCACAUCAAACUCCUUGCUGCCAAUCCUAUAAAGUCAAAAUCAAUCUUUUCUUUACCUGAUUGCAUGCCAAACCAAUCUCCCAUGUUUACCCACAACAAUGUUGAUUUCUGGUCUGGUGACAUUGUUCUGUUAAAAGAUUGCUCACCUAACAUUCGCUUUCUGGUGGAAUCUUUCCAUACAAUGGAUACAUCUAAUGUUUUCUCUUGUGAAUAUAUUGUUCGAACUCCAAAAGAUGGUUGUAGCAUUGGCAUCAAAAUCAAUCAUACCGACAUAAGUAUUGAAUCAUUUCUCUCUGUCGACACAACCCCAUUAAACACCUCCUUAUGUUGCAGCAUCUCUCCUGACACAAUUAUCUCACUCAUUCCAACUCAUCGUAAAUUACUUGAAGAAGAACAUUUUCUGAAGAGGCUUAUAUGCGAUGGAACUGACCAAGAAAACAACCGAAGAAAAUAUUACAAGGUAAAGAUUGCACCUGUAAUUCUUUUCUUGGAUGAUACUUCUGGAAACACCUCUAAGCAAUUUAAUCCAUACGAGAGCUGGACAAUGAAAUGUGCAGCCCUCUCUUUUGAGGAAAGGUGCUCCAUAGAGAAUAUCUUAUUUAUAUCAGCAAUUCCAAAGAAGAAAGAAGAUAAUGCAUAUGUUCUUGUGGUAUCUCCUUUACUUUGGAUUGAGGCAGAUACACCUUGUCACUCAGAGCUUUGCAGUUUAGACAGAGAUACAGUGAUCCCUGAUAUUUCUUACUUUGACGACAAAAACACAGCAGAAGAGUUAAGUUUUAAAAACAAGUCAACAGACAAACUGCUAGAACUUAAAGCAUAUGACCAAUCAAAAGACACUCCUGCUGAAAUAUUGCACUACAUUCUCCUUGGCAUUGCAAAGUAUCUUAUCACCGAUCUGGUCAAAGUUGUUUUGAACAAAAACAGAAAAGAACUAGAAGAACUGUUUGAUUACGUUAAAGACUACAAAAAUUCCAGAGGCAUAUCAAGAGCAUUUACAAGGUCUCUUACCUAUGCCAGUUCGUUUCUUGGUAGAGACUUCAAGGUACUAAUCCAAAUACUUCCGGUAAUCCUGGCCAUAAAGUUUGCAGAUACAGAAGUAUUACAGGAAAUCACUCUCCUCUUUGUUCAUCUCAGCCAUCUAUGCUCUCUAGUAUUUGUUUGA